GCAGUGGCUGCCACACGCACGCUCUGCCUUCCCCAGUCACCUCACUGGCACAUCUUCACCACCUGCACUUAUACAUGGAUUGUGUAAAUUAGAGAAACAUCUGUAUGCUGGUUUUGGAGUAAAUAUAAAUGAAUAGUGUUUUUUGUUUGUUUUUUAGAUAUUGAGUGUGUGGUCUCAUCAUGUAUGUGUCUAUAUACAGUAGAUGCUUAACAAAUACCAAGCCCCCGUGCCUCCACUAGUCUAUACACUCACAGUGUGCAGCAGUGCACUUCUUGGUACCUCCACGUCUGACCAGCUGCUGCAGCCAUCAGCCUCUCAAACGUUCUUCUGUUACUGUUGCCGUUCUCCACAGGAACAACAUGUACAUCGAUACUCAUGAAGGCGUUCGCAUUGACUUUUUAUAGUUAAUUGUGGGAGUGUGUGUGUGGGGGAGGGGGGUUCAAGUUGAUUAUGAUUUAUUAAGGGAGAAAUUCAUGCAUUUGCACGUGUGCACAGUUUGAUGAAUCUGAUUAUUUUUUGGUGCACGCCAUUUCAGCUUUUGUGUGCAGGUACACUCGGUACAGAUCCUACGCACUGUUUUAUGAAUGAGACCCCUGCUCUCUUUCAGGAUCUUCACGUUCUGUCUUUGAAGAAACUGCAAAUCUCACAGCCCAUCUCCUAUGACAUUGUGAACAUUUAAAAACCAGAAAAUGUACAAUUCACUAAUUCUGUCAAAGAACUACAUACAGCACACAGUGAGAUUUUUCUUUUCUUUUACCGGAGGAAAGUGUUCAUCCACUGACCUUAGCUUUCAUGCUUUUCUUUACUUUAGUCACGCAAUGUGUCGUUCCCUGAAAGCCUUUUUUCCUCCCUCCAUCCAUCCUGUGAGGGUCCAUGUCUGGCCUCGUUGUGUCAGAUUUCUGCCCCCUCAAGGUGUCUGGUGCUCGGUUACAUCACAGACAGGAGCUGGAUGGUGGCAGAGCUGGAAAUAUUAUCAGCAGACAAACACAAAGGGGGAGAGGAAGGGCGUCCAUAGGAGUUAUUUCUGUGUUUAUGUCUGUGCACGUGGAUCUGUGCCAUGCCUGAAGCUAUAAGGUCCAACGCCUGCAGCUUGUUGCUGGAUCUUUCUCCAGCAGUGAUGGAGAGUCUCUGCUUUUCUAAUCAGUGACUUUGACAUUGUCACGCAGGGGCUAACCCACUGCCUUUUGUUUGACUGAAUUAAGAGGGUUGUGUUUUUUAAAAUAUGUUGGUACAAAUAUGUACAGUAUGUUUGCUGUAAACUGUACAUAAGUGUGUAGAUGGCUCCCAAUCUAUGGGUUGCUGCCUCCAUGGGUUUUCCAAAAUAAAUCUGAGAGGUUCAGAAAUGAUGAACAGGAUAUGAAAGAAGUAGCAACAUAUUUCUGCUACACAUGUUAUUUUUUGCUAUUCUUCUACUUCUUGUGAAAUACUACAUAUUUUUGCUCAUUUAUGCCUCUAAAAUCUUCUAAAUGAAACAACCUGAGAAGGAAAAAUCACUCUGAAUUUGCUCAGAACUCAGACAUAUGCAACCUGUAACAAAAGGUCUUCAUUUUAAAGGGUCACAUGCCAGUUAAAGAUACUAUUGCUCUAGAAAGUGUUAAACUAUUUUAUUAAUAACACAUUAAUAUCAGUAUUAUUCGAUUAAAGAUGACCGACACUGAGGUGAAGAGCACUAUUUUCACAGCUGACUUUCUUAUCUGUGAACACUGGCGUCAUUACAGUGUACGGUGAUGUUCUUCAUGCUGUGUAAUACUGACUAAUGAAAUGGCUUUCUCUUAUGUAAAGCACAAGGUCACGCUGAUAUGUUGUUACUUGUUGUUUGACAUUAUCCUAAUUGGAAUGGAGAGGUUGUGGCCCAAAGAUGAUAAAGCAGAGAGAGGCUGCACAUGAGAGUGAGCGAGAAAGUCGGAGGUGCAGAAGGAACAAAGCUUGAUGAUGACUUCACCGAAAUGGAAAAGAGGAUGGACACCACCUCUCGGGCCGUGAUGGACAUCAUGACCAAGACCACUGAGUAUCUGCAGCCAAACCCAGCCACUAGAGCCAAGAUGAGCAUGAUGAACUCCAUGUCACGUAUGCGAGGCCAGGAGAAGGGACCGGGCUACACACAGACUGAGACUAUCCUGGGAGAGUCCAUGCAGCGGUUUGGCAGGGAGCUCGGAGAGGAGUCUAAUUUCGGCCUUGCUCUGAUUGAUGCUGGGGAAGCCAUGCGUGAGCUGGGAGAGGUUAAGGACGCUCUGGACAUGGAGGUCAAACAGAACUUCAUUGAUCCACUGCAGAACUUCCACGAAAAAGACCUCAAGGAGAUUCAGCAUCACCUGAAGAAAAUGGAGGGCCGUCGUCUGGACUUUGAUUAUAAGAAGAAGCGUCAGGGCAAGCUGACAGACGACGAGCUCAAACAAGCACUAGACAAAUUCGACGAAUCCAAGGACACUGCUGAACAGAGCAUGUUCAACCUGUUGGAGAGUGAUAUUGAACAGGUGAGCCAGGUCGCCGCACUGGUCCACGCUCAGAUGGAGUAUCACAGACGGGCUGCGGAGAUCCUCACACAGCUCACCAGUAAGAUUGAUGAACGGAUAAGGGAUUGUUCUAACAAACCAAGGAAAGAGUACAUGCCUAAACCGCGUACAUCUCUGGACUUCUCCAUCAGUGAGAACCACAAUGGAGGCAUCCACAGUGCUCGCUCUCCAGCAAGGUCUCCAGCUCCCAUGGACCAGCCUUGCUGUCGCGCACUGUACGAUUUUGACCCCGAGAAUGAAGGUGAGCUAGGCUUUAAGGAAGGCGAUAUCAUCACCUUGACCAACAAGAUCGAUGACAACUGGUACGAAGGGAUGUUGCACGGCAACUCCGGCUUCUUCCCCAUCAACUACGUGGAUAUCCUGGUGCCGCUGCCCCACUAGGACGGCAGGUUGUCCAGCCACCAGCUGAGUUUGCAACAAAUCCUGGCCUCCAGUUCCUUCUUGUGUAUUCCCAGUUACCGUUCCUAAACAUUCCCACCGACCACCUGUACUCCGCUUUAAAGGGGUCAAAACAACAGCAACACAAUAAAGAUAAAACGAGAUUGACGAAGAUGAAUAAAAGCAAGUAUGCACCAAUUGAGCAUAAAAACUUUAAAAGAAAAAGAAGAAAAAUCAGCAUUGAUGUCGUUCCUUCCCCUCCACACCUCUAAAAGGAGCUGCCUUCAGGCUUCCGUAGCCAUUUUACCCAUUUCUGUCCUGGCUUUUGUCUCAGUUUAGGUUGGCUGUCAGUCUCUCAUGAGUUUAUCAGAACAUCUUUGCAAAAUAAUCACACUUUAUCCCAUUCACUGUACUUUGUGGCAAACCUCUACAGUAGAUAGAAAUUUUUUCUCACAUACUAGAAAAAAAAAUCCACGUGCUUCAUGUUUGUUAGAGACUCUUGAUCAAGCAUGGUUUCAAGUGUUGACUUAUCUUAUACAAAAUACAUUGAGCUGAUUAGUUUCAUUUUAAAUCUUCCUCUUUUUAAUGCUAGUCGUCUCUUGGCAUGCUCGGGCAGUGUCUAGAGAAACCAGGUCCCUGUCAUGCUCUAAAAGAUCAGUCCAAAGGAUGUCAUCACAUUUUUAAAAAAAAAAGUUGUAGACUGAUUCAUCUAGUUGCUAACAACUUAAGAUUACCUAUAGUUAUUUUUGAACAUAUCUACAUGUGCGUGUGAUUGGUUAUAUGUGAUUUAGAUACCAAAGUUACCUGCAGAAACCUGAAUCAACAAGACAGCAAGGUGUCAACAAAUCUGAUGCAACAGGGUGAAGUUCUAGUUCUUUGGUAUUUUUAUUGGGGGAGCAAAAUUGUAUUCUUCAGUAUGUGACAUUACAUGUCUGAGCCAGUGAUUAGUGAAGUGAUGACAUGAUUUGCAAAAAAAACACAAGUUGUGCAGUUUAAACCGUUUGAAGUGAUGUAAGAAAACUAUGGUGCAUUUGCUCAGUAUGAAAUAAGUUCCAAUCCUCUGACGUGUAUUUUAUCAACAACUUGUGUGACAAAUGGUUGAAGUAUUGUGAAAUAAUAACUUGUAGGACUUUAAUGCUCAUUGAGGCACCUGUUUCUUUCUGCAGCAGAAGGUGUAGCUCUUUUUGCUGCAUUCCUACUACUGUAGUCCAAUUAGUAUCCUUUAGUUAGCUGUCUAUAAGCCAUUAAUAUGAAACUAGACAUAGCCAACAAUCCUCUCUUUGAAAUGCUUUCUAAGGAGGACAAAGGAGUGCACAAAUGGCUGAAUGGAAUGAGAGCUCUUUCUUUUUUUGUCUUGAUGGAAAUGUUUUCUUAAUUGAAAUGAUGCAACAUACACUAAAAAAAAAAAACCUUUCGCCAUCAUAAUACAAACAAAAAGCCACUGGUUUUCUUUUUCCGUGUCAUGUCAGACCUCAGAAAAAGUGUUAGAUAUUCUAUUAUUAUGUUUCAUUUUCUCUAACUAGCUACAUGCUUGUAUGGAGUAUUGUGUGAGAUUGUUUUUUUUUUUCUCCCUUCUGUUAAUGAUGUACUGAUAAUCUAGAAAUCAAACCAAAACAUGUUUUAGUCAGCUGAGCAGUUUGGAGCUGUAGUGCACACGGUCUCCCUGAGGUUUUACUCUCUGCAAUGUCGACAACGUAUUACCCUUCUGCAAAAUAAUCUGUGCAGCAGUAACACUUAUUUCUUUUCACCCAUCUUGUAAUGAUGUUGUGCGUGUAUUUGGGGCGGGGUAUUAGGGUUUGCAUACUGUUCGUGUUAUGCACAGGGACAGGUUUGCAGAGGACCUCUGAUGUUGAGGUAUUUCAGAUAUAUACUGUUUCUGACAGUGUUCAACAUUAAAACAAACAUGGAUGUCUCUUUGAUCAAAGGACCAAUUCAUAUACAUAUAUAUAUAUUAAGUAGAAAUUACAGUAAAUGAUACUAAAUCGACUGAUAACCCAUAUCAAGUGUUUCUUUUUAAGGGACGCACAACUUUAAACUGACAGUAUACAUUGUUGGCUGGCUAUGAAUAACGUUACAGUUGGAAGAGGUCACGUAUUUAUUUUUUUUAAAGGCGAUAAAAAUUCCUUCCCUGAUUUUUCUUUCAAUUUUUUUUUAAACAAUCGUGUGUAUCUUUGCCCUCAAUGAGGACUGUACAGCUUUUCUGUGUUUUGUUUUCACCUUGUGUGUAUAGUCGCUCAUCAACAGUAACGUAUCUUAUUUUUGUAACUGUGACAAAAGUAUACACAUAUAGAUGUAUAUAUACAGUAUAUUAUCCAGAAGCAAUGUGAAAGGAGGGAUUCUCUGUGCUGCACAUGAUUGUCUUUGGAUUGGGUUUUUUUUUUCUUUGUUUUCUGUUUUAUUUUAUUCUUGCACUGGAUUCUAAGACUGUAUGCUUGAUGUAAAGAAAAAAAUGUGAUAAGUCAGUGUAAUUUAUUCAAAUAAAUACCGACAAAUGG